CGGGCGGCGUGGGGAGGCAGGAGCCCGAUGGAGGACGGAAGGGCCGCUGGGGGACGGCCCUUGCCCGCCUAGCACGCGUGGGGCAGCCCGCUGAGGGGGCCUGGGGAGCCCGGGGAAGCGAAGGGGGCAAGGGGAGACGCCGAGAGCCUGGCAGCGGGUGAGUAGUGCGGCGUCCAGCCCCCUGGCUCGGUUGGGCUGUGAGGGAGGUGGCGGUGGAGCGGGCGCCUUGCGCGGUGCUGAAUGCCGACUGAGUAUUUCUUGUCAGUAGUUGUGGGUUUAAGGCGCGUGUUCCCUCAGGGAACGCUUGGUAGAAGCACUGCUCGAUAAAACACCCGCAGGGUGAGGUACUGGUGUGUCUACGCACGCAUGUUCCCCAUGUGCUCUUUGCCUGUGUUCUGACGAUUAACCGUGUAUUCUUCCUUCUACAGCCGUUCCGUAGUAUGGAUCUCACUGGAUGUGGACUAAAAACUAAGGAGGUUGUUUAACCGUAGCUUUAUCUGAAGCACCUGGACACCUCUUGGUGUCGAAGGGCAGCAGCCAGCUCCAGCUGUAGUCCUAACCCCCCCUGGCCCCAGGCUGGGGCUCUGCCUGCACCAAGCCCCUUCCUGAGAUCUUGCAUCUCUUAGUGGCAGCUGUAAUAAACUGCACUAGUUCAGGCUCUUUUUUUGACACCUAACUCACCAUUUUAUCACAAGGGCUCAAUGACAUGACAAUAAAAUGCUUAAUCCUUGUCCCCUUCUUAUAUGCUCAUCAAAGCAUUUACCUCAGGACAUUUCAGAGAGGUCCAGCUCUCUUUUAGAACAGCAGAGCAAUCACAUUGCAAGCUGGCUUGCUUUGCAACAUCAUUCUUUUUAUCUUUAGUUUGUUGUUUAGUUUCAGAUUAAAAAAAAAAAAAGAUGUAAAGAACACAUAUAUAACAAGUAACACAGGGAAUAUAAAUUUGUAUGACUUUUUUUUCCUCAGACCUUAGUUUGUUUGUUUUCAUCCUUUCUCUUCAAUAUUCCCUUCAUGAAGGAAUGAAGACUUGUAAGGUGAUUUACAAGGACUUCAUUCUCAAGUGUCCCUUUCACCUUUAAGCAGAGAGAUUUUCUCUUCACUGAAAUGUAAUCACUGUUCUGUCACCUGCAGCUUGUAAAGGAUUUUUGUUUUUAUUGUGUCACAAGGCAUAGCUCCUCUUAUCAAGAAGCCGGAGUCCCUUUUAGCGUAGAAGUCCUUGACACUUUCCAUGUUUUCUGUCUUCUUACCUCCACAGCUCAUCAGACCUUUUCAUAGGCCGGUUUAACUUAUUAAAAAUAGCAGAAAAAACUGCUGUGUUUUACUGAGUUUCCUGCUGAUUUGUGUGUUCAGUUAGCUUGCGGAAAGGCUGGUGAAGAUGUGAGCUGCCAGGGAUGGUGUGGGAGUGGGAAAGAGGAGAAAAGAGAAUAGAAACAUCCCUAUCAUGCAGCAGUGAGCAGUGAUCAACUAGGGAACCAUAGAUUACCCAGGGAACCAUAAGCAGCCCAGUAAUUAUACCAGGUCCGCAGCACAUUUUGCAUUACAUUUUUAAAAUAAGUAGCAUAAAUGUUUUAAAGCAUCACCCAGUAAGCUUGAAAGCACGCUUCUAUCUGUAAUGCAGAUAUUACACGUUACUACAAUGGGUUGUGUCAGUCCUUCAUCCAGCAGGCUUUUAAGGGGCUAUUUUUCAUGGCAGCUGCAGAUCUGAUGAGCAGUUUUUGUACUUUGUGCAGUGGUCACUAGUAGCUUGCUGUAACGUUACACAUACUGAUGUACAGACAGGCCCCUUGGGCCCAUUCUGUGCAUCUAGGACUGGCAGACCAAUUUUAUUCACUGGUGGUUUAUGUAUGAAAAAAAAAAUAAUAAUUUUCUUAAUGUUUAUUACAUUCAGAAGUGCAAUAAAUGGUGUGGGCUCCAGCACUGUAGUGCUACUGCUGGGUGAUUCAUAGAAUCACAGGAUCAUUAAGGUUGGAAAAGACCUUAAAAGAUCAUCUGGUCCAACCAUCUCCCUACUACCCAUGUCACCCAGGGAGGCACUGUACAUCUCAAAACAGUAUUUAAGCUUUAAAAGAGAAGAGCAGAAAUAACAGAACAUACAGAACAUACAGAGGGAAAUACCUGGGGGGGGGAAAAAACUUUUGAGAGGGGGACGGAAAAGUAAAUGGAGACUUGCAAAGAAAGAAAUAUUGUUUAUAAAAUCAAGACAUUCUUAAAAAGGAAUAACCCAUAGGUUGUUAGUGUUGCUGACCUUUCUGAGUGCGUGAAGAUGAUUUGUAUUUAUGUGGUGAGAAAUUGCUUAGGGUUCCAGUCAUGUCAUUACAUACUUUGUUUAUUUUAGAGACCUGACACUGCUUCAGGCCAAGGAGUUGUAUAAAAGCCCUCUGGAAAAAGUUAGAGACAUUCUCUUAUUAGCUAUAGUGCGGAGCAUAAAGUUGCUAUGUAUUUUAGUACGAUUUAUACCUGCACAACUUCAUUAGUUCUAUAAAAAUAAUCAAACUCCUGGCUAGAUUAAAUAUAUGGUAAGAGAGAGUUGAGGCACGGUGUCAUAGUGCCAUUGCUACCAUGUCAGAAGUUGGAGAGCUUGGCUUUCCUUUAUAGUCCAAUAGACUUGUAUACUUUUAGUUAAUCUAUUAAGUUUUACCUUGAGUGAGCCUGGGACCGUGUUGCUUGUACACUUUCACCCUACUUUGAAAACUAAACAUAAUCUCUAAGGCACACAUGGCUUGAUACUUUAUCAUCUUUUGUUAAAACCGUUAGUUUUAUAAGUCAGUUUAUACUAUGCUGCAGCCUGGUUAAUUCUGAAAAGUGCUACUGAGCACCUUGAAAGUGUCAGCAGGACACAUCAGCAUCUCGUUUUGACCUUCUCAAGUGGUCAUAGGGGAUUGAUUUGAAAUGAGUUGUUACGUUUUGCAGACUACACUUUUAAAAAUGUAGUGAUACUGUUGAUUUUUAACAAUCUGUCCAGUUCUGUAGGGUCUCAUUUGCCCUGGAUUAGGGAUGUUUUGGGGUUGAAAUGGUAUUUACUCAUGUCUCCGAGAAUGCCUUUUCUCAAAAGGAACUGCAAUCUGAGUUCUGUAGUGUAAGGAAGUGUUGAAGGGGCCUCGUGCUGUGGGGAAGGAUGUUGGUCAGUGGAAGUAAUGAACAAGAAACAGACAUGGCUCAAAGGAAGAUAUUAACCUUGAAGAAUUUGCUAUUCAAUUUACUUUAACGUCCUUCUGAAUCUUAAAGAGAUAGAUAUUUAUUCUAGCUAUUUUUCCAUUUGAAGUCAGCAGGAACAGAAGAAUUGGUUCCUGUAGUUUUAAACUCCUUUUCUGACUGGUUCAGGAUGUAGUUAGCUUCAGUGCCAGCGAAGGAAUGGGUUUAUAAGGGCUUAAGGAGCUGCUUUCUGAUGUGUCUCGCUUGUUUAUACUGAAGUCUUCCACCAUAAGUGUGUGUGUGUAUGUAUGACAUGUGAGAAAGGCAAAAUUUGGCCCUGAAUUCCAGAAAUAAUACGAAAUGGACUCUGUGAUGUGAGUUGUAAAACAUGGAAUAGAUUUAUGUAGCAAUGAUACUGCAGAAGAACUUCAGUUUGCUAGGAAGUCUGUAACAUCAUUAAAAUUACAGGAGAAUUUUCCCAACAGUAACAGCAGGAUGUCCUUCUGUAGUUAGAAAUGGCUAUAUUUGCAGGAUAAACUUUUUAUAGUUUAUUAUGCAUUAAAGUCACUGUUUUGAAAGCUGCUGAAGUGGUUUUUGGGCUUUUAGUUUUGUUUUGUUCCUCUGCAGUUACCUAUAAUUGUGUGAGAGCUUGUUGCCAUUUUUAAAGAAAUUCUUGAAUUCCAAGGGUUAGAUACAGUAAGUUGAAUUGCCUGGGCAAGACAUCUACAUUUCUGGCAACUAUAGUGCACUUGGAAAAUAAAUGAGACCUUGAGGGUGAAAAGAAUAGAUAAGUUUGCAAAUUCAGGGCCUAAAGCUGUUAAAUCUGGUACGUGACUUGAUUUAAACUUUUGAGUUCUAUAUUCAGUAGAAAGUAAGUAUUUUCCAUCGAGAAAAUACUCUUCUGAAUUCAUUCUCACAGAAAAUAUGGGCUGCAUUAUUGCUGGUAUAUUUUUUUCUCCAAAAUUUAACUGAUUUUUUCUUUAAUUGUUGUAUUCGCUUCUUAUUUUUCAGGAGUCUUUGAAAAAAUCCUUAGUGGUCAUGACAUUGUUACAAGUGACAUAAAUUAGCCAGUGGCUCAGAGUGAUGGAUACCCAGAAGACUACAAAUGGUUUGCAAGUGAUUGGACAAGGGACUGGUAUAGGGAAAUCGACACUCCACAUGGUGGGGUAUUUGGGAAAAAGCUGUAAUUCUGUGGAGAUAACUUCGCCUGAAUAUUGUCCAGUCUGCAAAGCCAAGGGCCAGAUCCAAGCUUUACGCACUUACCGCAUCAAUUUUCAAGAGUCCAUUUUUCUUUGUGAAAAUCCUCAGUGUAUCUACCCACUAGGUUAUAAACCGUUUAACAGCAUCGUUAUUUCUGCUGAUUCAGAAAAUCACCAAGUUCCAUCUACUGAUAAGAAAAGGAAACUGUGUGAUAUCAGUGACUUUUCUGCCACUGAAUCAAAUCCGAAACGAGCCAGGACUAACAAUGCGGUAAAGGUUGAGCAGACUGUUAAUACGGACCCUGUUGUCAAAAGCCGUGAGAAUAGCUUACCUAUCCCCAAGUUAAGUGCACGUGACGUGUUACAAAAUGACCAGCAAAAACCUAGUAAUGGGGAGUCCUUCAAGCAGAAGGUGGAUUUUGAAACGACCACCAACACCAACAGCCAUCAAGAAAAUCUGCCUGAGACUCCUAGUCCCAGAAGACGACUCUUGCCAAAUCCUGAACACUGCACGACAGCAUCUGAAAUAUUGCUCGGAAGUGAUAAAGGUUCCACGAAUAACACAGAUUUAUGUCUUCAGUGGAGAAACAGGCAUAAUCUUUGUUGGCUGGAUUGCAUUUUGUCAGCGUUGGUACACUUAGAGACAUUAAAAUUUGCUCUAACGGAAAAAUGUGAUGAUGAAAAAUGUUUACUCCAGAGACUCUUAACAAAAUAUAAUCAAGCAGCUGUGCUUCUGAAUACCUGUAAAAGGAGUAAAUUAAAAGAUGUUCUUCCAAAAGCAGAAUUGCAUCUCAAUGAAAUCAGAAGCAGAAUUUUUACGCAGCUUCAGCCUCUGCUUAAAUGUGGAUUGGGUGAGGAGGAAAGUCCAGUGUUUGCACUCUCUCUGCUCUUAAAACAGGAUCAACAAGCUGAGAAACUGUUUUUGCAUUCAUUUUCAUGGAAGUUUGAAUGCAUAUGCUGUGGCUACAAACACCAGGACCGGUGUAGGAAAACACUAACAACAUUCACAAAUAUAAUCCCCGAUUGGCAUCCACUUAAUGCUGUUCACAUUGCUCCCUGUAAUAAUUGCAGUGACAGAUCUCAAAGAAGACGGAUGAUUUUGGAAAAAAUACCCUCAAUAUUAAUGAUACAUUUUGUGGAAGGUUUGCCACAUAACGACCUGAGGAAUUAUUCAUUUCAGUUUGAAGAAGAUUUCUACGAAAUAGCAUCGGUUAUUCAGUAUCAAACAAAUAAGAAGCAUUUCAUAACCUGGUCUUUGAAUCCUGAUGGAACUUGGCUUGAAUGCGAUGAUUUAAAGGGUCCAUAUUGCAGGAGACAUAAAAGAUUUGAAGUUCCUCCAGGAGAGAUUCAUAUUGUUAUCUGGGAAAAGAAAACAUCCCAUGUGCCAGAACAGAAUUCCAAGGCUCAGGGGAAAAAUGUUGAAGAUUCACCUCCUAAUAACGCACAGUCAAGUUCCACAGUGUUGCACUGUGGUUUUGAUAACACCAUAGAGAAAAUACUUGCAGAACAUCACAGAGAGGAUUCCGUGAGAAUUCCAGAUAAGAAACAACAGCAGGUAGCUGAGGUUGAAACUCAUCAUGGCUUAGAAAAUCUGGCAUGCAAUGAUCUUGUAACUGUGAUGCUCGAAGAGCUUCAGGUUGACUCAGAAUGUAAAUCACUGUCGAACGGACAGAUGGUGGGAAAUAACCUUGUUGAAAUGGGCACACUGGAACAGCAGGAAUCAGCUCUUUCACCUAACGCUCCAUGUGAGAUUGCUGCAACUGGUCUAGCUAUGAACAACACAUGCACACUACCUGAAAAUUCCAGCGUUUGCUUACCUCUACAAGAGUCGAACCCAGCAAAUAUCACUCCUCCUGUGCCCCAAAAUCACAACCCCGACCCACUUGACUCACCACUUGCUCAAAGCACAGAUGACAGAGCUAAUUUACUUAACAGAGAACAGGGUUUAAAUUCAGAACUAGAGAUAAACCAUAAAUUGCCACCAGUAGGGAAUAUCGGACAAAAAUCACCUGACUUGAAAGGUGCAGGCAAAACUGUAGUUCAUUCUAAGGCUGCAAAUUCUUCUGCUGAUAAUAAUUCCUUUCAGCCUUCGCACAAAGACCAAAAAAGAGGAUUUGUUGGAAGCUGGGUAAAAAAAAUGUUAAGCAAGAAUACUUCUUUUAUGCCUUCAAGUGCCUCAGCUCCAAAGAUUGAGAGAAGUUGCAGAACUCCCUCAGUGCAAAAAUUAAAUGACAUGCCGUUGCCAGUUAAAAGAGCGAGUAACUUUGGGGGAUUUCAAGGCAGAGGUGUGAACAAAACAACUGAGGCCCCAAAGUCAUCGCUUCCUCGGAGCAAAGGUACUAAUUUUUUAUCAAAUUUCAAAGGAUUUUCUCAAGGCACUUGUCUUCCUAUGAAAAAUCAUGCUGCUCUUGAAGGCCCAACUUGGAAUAAGUCGGGAAAUACGCUGAGUACCUCUGGUAGAACGACUCAAUUCCAUUCACCGAGCUAUAAUGCUGGGAAGGUGGAAGAGUCAGAUAGUGACAAAACAAGAAAGCUUCGCCUAAAACUGUUAAAAAAACUUAAUGCUAAGAAGAAGAAGUUGGCUUCGCUGGAUAGACUGGCGGUGGAACAGAUGAAACGUGGAAAACCCGUGACUGGGGAGGUGAGCACCCCGUCACAGACCGAGUCUCACAGUGACAGUGAGUUGCUGCAGAGCUUCUUGAGGGAACUGCAGGAUCAGAUUGAUGCUGCAGGUAGUCCUUCGGAAUUCAGUGUGAACUCAGGGUGCGCUAGCCGUAAUAACAACGAUGAGAUACUAGCGGAAUUGCUGUCCCCUACUUCCACUGUUGCUUCCUCGGAGGUUCCAAGAAGUGACGAUGAGUGCAUGUACAUGGAAAUGGUGGACAGCAGCGGCCCAGCAGCGCUGCCUGCUGAGGAGAGCGCUGUGUCGCAAGCAGCAAUGACAAGCGAGGACCACAAUUACUACAGUCCUAUAAAGGACAGUAAUUAUGAACUUCAUACCGUGAGCAAACCCGGUGUGAAAAAACUCGCUUUUGAAAGCCCCACCAGGGAAGAUAUCCUUGAAGAUCUGUUCUCCAUUUCAGCACCAAGCUCGAUGGCUGGUGACAUAGAUUUACCUCAUUUUGAUGAAACUCUGUUUGAAACUUGGUAAUUACUUGGUUUCUUGGUUUUAUUUUUUUCCAACAUGAUGUAUAUUUUGAAACAAAUCACUGUUAAGUUAUAUUUUCUAACUAGUUUAGUUGUACACUGGCUGUACUUGAACAAUUUGCAUUUGAGGUGGUUUUUUUGUGAAAUUUUAUUGUAGUAUACAAGUAAGGUUUUAAUGUGUUUUAUUUUUCCAAAAAACAGUUAUUUUAGCUGUCAAAUGUAAUUAUGUUUUUAAUUAAAGCUCCAAUGAGUAUUAAUUUUUGCUUCUUUUAGUAUGGAAAACUUACCCAUAUUUUAUUGAGUUUGAAAAAUAAUUUCAGUAUCCUUGAUGGUGUAAGAAAUACCUAGGCAGUACUGAUCUAUUUUUCAGGAUUGCCCAACUCCUGGUGUCUUUUUGUCUAACUUUUUAAAAAAAUUGCACACAGAAACGAACCUUGUGUAAUAAGAGAUGUUUGCAUCCUUUGGCACAAUUUUCAACACUAAACUCAGAGGUGGUGUUCUGUUAGGAACUCUUCUCAGAGUUACUGUUCUAUAAGCUCUCCCUUCCUUGGAUACAAGGAAGGACUGAUACAAAAUAGUAGUUCUAUUUAAAGUUAUGGCACAUGCUGAGCUUUUAUCCUGGGUAUCUGAAAUAUAAUUUGUCAGAAUCUUCUUCUGAGCUAGCUCGUUUUUUUAAGUAAAAUGAGUAAGAUUUGGGCCAGAGUUUGCCGUGCUAAGAAAGGAUACCAAAUGUAACUUUUAUUUAUGCAUUGCUGCAAAAAACAAUAAUAUUUCUGAGAAUUGAAGUGAACUGUAAGUUAGCACCCUGUACUGUUGUCUGUAGGAGUUUUUUGUGGCUAGAGCAGCGUAGCGCUGUCUGUGUGUGAGAGAACGCCAAGGAGAGACCAGGUUGAUUGGAAGAAGGUAAUGAAGUUCAUGGCAAGAUUGCACUGAGUAGGCGAAGGGAAGAACGUGCACACGCUGGUCGUUUCUGGAUCUGCUUAUAGCUGUCAUUUUGCUAGGUGGGAGUCUUUGGAAAUCGUAGACACAGAGCUGAGGGUAUUAUAUGCUAAAUUGGAUUAACUGUACAUUUUUCUUGUACUUGGAAAUACCGAGGAUUUUAUCAGCAAAUCUUUGUUUUGGCCAUUUUUAGGGAUACUCUGCAUUUUUUCACUUAGACCCCAAAUUCAAAUCAAGUCUUCCAUCUUAACUCUUCAAAUAGAUCUCUUUGAACAUCAUUGUCAAUACAGAGUAUGGCUACAGAUAGAAAUCCUCCUUGAUAGCCUGAACCAAGUUCAAAAAGUGAUUGUAAAACUGUCAGUGACACUGAAUGCACCUCGACAAGCUAUUUCGGUUGUGAUUCCGGACGUGUUUAUCAAACUGGCAUUUAAGACAAUGAAUAUUUUCAUUCUUGAAAUACCAUUCUUUGUAAAGAAUGGGAGCUCCUCUGCAUUUUAGAUGUUGUAACUGAUACAUUACAAUAAAAAAUAAAUCAACAGGUUCUGAAUGUGAAAUGCCAGUGUACUGCUGGUGAAAUGUUUGUCUAUUCCCUUAUUAAAAAAUAAUGAAUUGUUGAG